AAAUACCUGGGAUAGAUCUGGUGACUGGGGUGUUUUAGCGUCUUUGCUGAGCCUAUUUUAUUGAUAAGGAGAGCAUAUCUUAAGGUCGUACAUAAGAUUUUUAAAUUUUCUUUCUUUUGCUUUUUCUUGUGUCACCUAUCACCUACCUCCUUUUCAUACCAUGCAAUCCUCUCCAAAUCUCCAAGUCUUCCACUCUCCCUCAACGAAGCUAUGUCUAGCUUUAUUGAUAUUAAAAGAGUACGAGAGCAGGCAGAGCUCUUAACACUUCCCCGGUGUUCCUUCAUUCUCGGCACCGAUACUGCCCCGUUUCGUGGCGGGGAGUGUUUGAUAUAUGUUCUUCAAGACCAAAGUCAAACGAAGAUUGGAAUCCGCAUACCACAUGCAGAAUGGCUCACUCCCGACAAAGUCAGGGAAGAAUUUUACUUUCGAAAAUCUCUUGAGGAAAGAAAUGUUCGCGGACUCCAGAAAAUGAUCGCAUUCAAUGAUGAAUAUGAGAAUCAUUUGGGACAUCCUUGGAUUGCUUCCCUUUGGGUCGACGGCGAAACCUUGAAAUGGUCUAUUUCGCAACCGAAACAACAGUUAAGACGGAUGGCUCUCAUGGAGGGGAUAGCACGGAUAAGUGUUGAUUUUCUCCAGGUUCAAAAGCUCGGUAUUACCAUAGCGGUAUGUUUGAGAUUACUGACCAACUUCGUCAAGGCUGCUCUGCAAGAACAUGGAUGAGAACGAAAAUUACUCGAAAGAUCAAUAGAGUAGAAUCUGGGGCCUUGCAAGAUGCGAAUAUGCUGAAAGAGUGUGGAGAUCAGGAGCGAUUGAUAGAUCGAUAUCUACCACUACAAGGCGAGGAAGUACCUCAUGUGCUAGUCCACAAUGAUCUCUGUGGAAACAACAUAAUUGUUAACGAGAAUGCUGAAUUGCAAUGGUAUAGUCAGAAUGAAUCGUUAAAGCAGAAUAUGUCUAAUCAAACGUAAUAGUGUCAUCGAUCUUGGCCAGGCAGAAAUGCUACCAAUAGCGCUCGCAGCUGUUUAUCCACCAUUUCUCACACACGAUCCCGCCCUGAAAGGUCAAGAUAUUAACUGGGCUGCGAGAGAUACGGAAACUAUGCAGCGAGAUCGUGCCUUCUAUCUUGGCUGUAUUCGCGAAUUGGCGCUAGCGAAAAGGGGGCUGGCGGAGGAAUAUUAUGCGAAUUUGGCCAGAAAGGACGAGAUUGAUAAGUACUGGUGGUUUGUUGCCGCAACUUGCAAAACGAUGUAUAAUGCAAUGGCAGCUUGCAAUUGGAAACCACCGGUGAGGUAUCAAUAGUAUCUCUUCUAUCCUUCCCGACUUGCAAUAAAGAUUUCUUGCACUUGAAAGAAAGCAAAUUCAUGUUAAUGGCACAGAAUAGCAAGGCGGGUCAUAUUGGGGAUAAUUGAUACCAUAUUAUGGCCCCUUCAACAACCCGACCCUUCUCGACAGAAGGACAUGACAAUGAUGAUCUUCAUUUACAGUCUCUUGUUAAUCAUUGAGAUGGCUGCUUGGAAUCAUCUUUCGCUGCAUUUUUAAUGGACCGAUUAGGCGCCACCUUUUUAUUUUAAAGAGCUCACUCCAGAACUCUGCCGAAUUACUACAUCAUAUUCACAAACGAAACAACAAACUUCCUCCCAACGUCAAAACCUCAGACCUUCCAUUCAGUCCCAACAGACUCAUGAAAGAUUCCCACAAACUCUUUGGCGGCCUAUUAAU